CCACCUUCUCUCCCCGUAUCAGUCCCCGGAACUGAUUCGACAUCGACUCAAGCCUAUCUAUUCACACUUCAACGAAGCAACUACCCUACUAGCGUCCCCGGGCAACUCCCUCUUCCCGCAAAGCUCGAGCAAAGAUGCAGUUCUUCUACUUGCUGGCCCUCGCCGUAACCGCCACAGCCUUUCCUGCACCCGAUAUUCCCAACCACCUCUUUUCCGGAAAGCCCGCGCUCAAGUGCAAUAACCACACCCAGCCCGUGUGCUGCACCCCCCGGUCCGUCCCGCUGUGCACUGUCAUCUACGCGGGAGCCAGCUGCGGGGUCAAUAGUACCUACUGCUGCGAAACCAAGGCCCCAAAGGUGACUCGGAGCCCCCCUAGUUCUUCGAUUGUAAUCUGUGCGCUCAAGACUCGAGCACAGCUAACAUAACAAAACAAUUAGGGCACUCGGCUCAACAUCCAGUUCCUCGACUGCGUCGGCCUCGUCUGAGCGGUCAAGAUCUCGCCUACUAGGAAGGGUUUCGAGCCCGGCUGUGUGCCAGUCGGUGGUUGACGGGUUCUCGGAGGAGCCACUCAUUCAAUUAUCCUUAGUAAAUGUCUGCUUCCUCCGUGAAGUGAUACCACCAACUUGGCACCAAGACA